AUGCCGAAACACUCUCGAGCUACGAGCUCAUCUCAAAACCGCUACAAUGCGGGUAUCCCAGUCUCUCUCGCCCCGUCCCCUCUGUACAACCAGCAGCGCAUGACCAUGCCCAACUACUACGGCAUGGGAACCACUGCUUCUUCUUCUAUGCCUCUCCAGUCACAACCUCAACAACAUACGUACGAAUCCUACGCUACAACCUCAGCGCCGCCUGUUUCCGUCCCUGCCCCUGUUCAGACUAGACCCAGCUCGGGUGCCUGGGGAGCUGCAGAUGACCAGCAACUCCUCACUGCGAGGAUGCAAGGUCUGAACUGGCAACAGAUCCAAUCGAACUAUUUCCCCUCCAAGACUCCCAAUGCCUGCCGCAAGCGUCAUGAGCGAUUGCUGGAACGCAAGGGUGCUGAUGACUGGGACAAUCUCAAGCUUCAGCGUCUGGCUAAGGAGUACAUGGCUAUGAGAAAGGAGAUCUGGAGUGGUCUCGCAGCUCGAACAGGCGAGAAGUGGAACGUAGUCGAAGCCAAGUGCAUGUCAAAUGGCCUCAAAAAUCUGCAAAGCGCAGCCCGCGCCGCAGCCCGCCGCGACCGUCUCGAGUCCGGCGCUCUCUCAGGGUAUGACGACGACAGCGGCAUCUCCGGCAUGGGCCUGACACCGGUUGACGAACUAGACGCAUCCUAUAGCAGCCCCGAGACCACCGCCUCGUCCGUCGUGGCCUCGGCCAACACGUCCUUCCAGCAGCUCCAGCCUCACCACAUGGCCGCUGCCGUCCAGUACAGCCUCGGAGCCUAUGCGCCAGGCUACGGCGGCCACGGAUACUCCUCGAGCGUGAGCUCCCAAGCGAGUGCAGGUCAUCCCUAUGGCCAUCAUGGCCACAGCCAGGGGAACAGCCCGCAGUACAUGACGCAGCGACCGCAGAGUUCGGAUAUGGGCAUUGGGAAUCUUAUUAACCGUCCAGGCAGAGGUGUUUAA